CUAUUGUCUUUCAACUUCUUGUUUGCUAAUGGAAGACGGUGACACUUCAAGCUCAUUCCCAAUAGGGAACAGUGCACAAGAGAAGGGCUUGUCAUACGUCCCAGACUGUUAUGUGGUUCCACCUUCACAACGGUCCAAUUUGACUCCAGAGACAACUAAUGUGCCUGUUGUUGAUUUAGCUGGUUUACAUGACCCCGGAGAAAGAUCUCACAUCAUAAAAGAUAUUGGAAGUGCCAGUCGCGGCCUUGGCUUCUUUCAAAUUAUCAACCAUGGGGUAUGCCAAUCAGUGCUGGAUGGAGCCCUGUCCUCAGCCUUUGAUUUUUUCAAUUUACCAAUGGAAAAGAAGCUAGAAUUUAUGUCCAAUGAUGUGCACAAACCAGUGAGGUAUGGAACAAGCUUGAAGGAUGGCAUAGACAAGGUCCAGUUUUGGAGGAUCUUCCUCAAACAUUAUGCACAUCCCUUGAAAGAUUGGGUUGAAUUAUGGCCUAAAAGUCCAGCUAAUUACAGAGAAAACAUGGGAAAAUAUGCAACAGACGUGAGGAAUCUGGCCCUGAAAUUAACCGCAGCUAUCACUGAAAGCUUGGGAAUUGGACCGACCUAUCUAAACAACAAAAUGGAGGAAGGCAUGCAAGUCAUGGCUAUCAACUGUUACCCAGCAUGCCCUAAACCUGAACUUGCGCUAGGGUUGCCACCGCAUUCAGACUAUAGCUGCUUCACCAUCCUUCUCCAGAGCUCCCAAGGCCUUGAAAUCAUGGACAGAAAUGAUGGCACAUGGAGGGCAGUCCUAAAACUUGACAGUGCCCUACAAGUUCAUGUGGGUGAUCAUCUUGAGGUGCUAAGCAAUGGCUUGUACAAGAGUGUGGUACAUAGGGCUGCCCUUAAUACUGAAAGGACUAGAAUCUCUAUUGCUAGCUUGCAUAGUUUGGGCAUGGAUGAGAAGAUGGAGACUGCCAAAGAGCUUAUAGAUGAGCAGCACCCUAAGAAUUAUAAGGAAAGCAGCUUCAGGGAUUUUCUGAAUUUUCUCUCAGCCAAUGACAUUGCUGAAGGGAAGAGCUUUAUUCAAACACUUAAGAUUUAAGGAAUGAUAUCUGCUAGGUCUAUUUUGAUUUUGAUUAAGAUCUAUGUACAAACAAUAAGUUGGUGUGUUUUUAUUAUAUAUUCUUCUUGACGACAUGUAAAAGCAAUUGACAGCUUUAUCUGUAAAUGAAUUUCGCAUUUUAUGUAUUAA